CACACACCUGAUUUGAGUGAGUAAACUAUUAAAAUCAGGCACAAUUUGUCUGAAGUGAAUUGGUGAAAACUGUCCCUUUGAUAAAUGGAUUCUCAAAAAAAUCUGUGGCAACGCUUGGAGACCAUCUGUGAAGAUGAGGAAUUUUCAGGACCAGAAAUCUCUGAAGACGCUGAGCAAGAAGCAGAGAUUGAAGAAUUACAAGAAAGUAGUGAUUUGGAGGAGGAAGCUGAACAGAUAUUGGACCAAGUAGAAGAAGAGAGAGAAGAAGAGGAGGAAGAGAAGGAGGAAGAGAAGGAGGAAGUCCAAACUCCUCCAAGUGUCCGCAUCAGCAGCAGCUACCAAAAACGCUCUCUGUCAAGUCUAUCCAGAUCAAAAUCCAGAGUUUAUGACUUUCAGCCUGAUGUGUCUCCACCAAAAGUGAGAAGAAAGAGGCGAUCUACAAAGGUUAAAUUCAAGGAUCUGUUUCCUGAUUGGGUGGUACAGCUGAUGUUCAGUAUUGAAGAGGCAACUCAUCAUGAGCUGGUGGUGGAGUAAAAAGGAAAGUGUGGAUCAAAGCUAUACAUAUAACAUUCAAGUUAUGUUUUAAAAGCUGAUAAAAGCGAGCAUGUGUAUCCUCUCCAAAAAUAAAAUAUAAGUUUGUUUA